AUGAUCUCCUGUCACAGGCAGAUGCUGAAGAACACUCUCUGCAAACGCCUCUGGGCCUCCCUUGGAUUACUAGGCCUCUACCGUACUCUCACUGACCAGGCACAGCCGUUCGUCCAGGCCACGAUAUCCCCGCUGUGUUUGGUAGUGAUGAAGAGGUUGGAUGAUGAAACCACACUGAGUGGCAAGGUACUAGGGCCUCUAACACUCCCAGCAGUGUUAAAUAUCAAAGAGUCUGUAGAAGACAGGAGCCAGUGGAGAGAUCAAAAAUUUAAUCUCAGAAUGAGCAUAAUGAACACAAAUCAGACAUUGUUCAAAGAUUUCAUUAUUCUUCCAUUAACAGACCAACCUAAUUUAAAAGGUGUUCUGUUUUGUGCAAUACUUUUAAUCUACUUAUUAACUCUGUUUGGAAAUGUUGCAAUUAUUUCGGUGUCAAAGUUGGAUACAAGUCUUCAUAUGCCAAUGUACUAUUUUUUGGGGAAUUUAUCCUUCCUGGACAUCUGUUAUACUUCAACCACUAUGCCCAAAAUGUUGCAAUUACUCUUGGCAGAAAAAGGAUCCAUUACAUUCCUGGGGUGUAUAGUUCAAAUGUACAUAUUUAUUGCCCUUGUAGGCACCGAGUGUGUUCUCCUUGCAGUAAUGUCCUAUGACCGUUUUCUAGCAAUAUGUAUCCCUUUGAGAUACUCAUCUUAUAUGACCCACAAAAACUGCAUCGCUCUUGCAGCUGUGUCUUGGGUGAGUGGAUUGUUGAAUUCAGUAGUUCAUACUGUCUUCACAUUUCGUCUACAAUUUUGUGAGUCCAACAAAAUCAAUUAUUUUUAUUGUGAUAUACCCCCAAUACUUUCUAUUGCAUGUGAAAGUACUUCCGUUAAUGAGAAGCUUCUUUUGUCUAUUGGGGUAUUUAUAGGCUGGACACCUUUCUUUUGCAUCAUUGUGUCUUACAUAUAUAUUAUCGUAACCAUAAUCAAGAUGACAUCCACUGAAGGAAGACAGAAGGCAUUUUCUACAUGUGGUUCUCAUCUUACAGUGGUGGUGAUAUUCUUUGGUAGUGUUAUCUUUAGUUACGUGAGACCAAUUUCUACAUACUCUAUGACCAAAGACAGAUUGAUUUCAGUUCUUUAUAGUGUUGUUUCACCAAUGUUAAACCCUAUUAUAUACACAUUGAAAAAUCAAGAUGUUAAAAAUGCUUUUGGUAGGCAGUUCAUUCGAAUGCUGGGAUUUUCUUAG